AUGUUUAUUUAUGGUAAUAUUAAUGCUUACUGCGUGCUGACGAUUAGGUACUACAAGAAGUAUUCUGGACUGUAUAGAGAGACAUUACCCCUAGUAGGAACACUUUCUUACAGUAGAAAAGGUAAUAAUAAGGAAAAUCUUGAACUUGGUCCGGGACAACUGGGAGAAUCUGAGUGUCUUCAGAAUGAACCGUCCAACAAGCCUGGCAUUCUGUUUCUCUCCGCCUGGAAACACUGGCAGAUGAAGCAGACAACAGGUAGAAUAGAAGCAAACAGUGGGGAAAGAUUAAGUGGGAAGGGUGGGGGCAUUGUGAUUUCUACAGACGGUGUAGACGAAACAGCUUUGAAAAGUUAUGUUUGUCUCGUGUAUUCUGAAAGGAUUGUGCAUGCAGAAGGAACACGCCGGGAAAAGGAUACAGUUAGAAAGACUAUUUUGCUCCUAUUAGUCUAUGCUGGAAGUAUAUGGGCUUCUCACUAG